AUGAGCACGACACUAAACUUUACUACGGUGUUUCAAUAUGAGGAGCAUACUGUUACAUAUGGCAACUCCAGCGAUGUUAAGCAGAUUUUCUAUCUGGCAGCUGGACCGCUCCUAGGCCCUCUCCUGAUCUUCAUGCACGGUUGGCCAGGAAUAUCACUGGAAUGGUACCCGCAGCUACAGUACUUUGCGGCACUUGGCUUCCGUGUGAUAGCUCCUGACAUGCCUGGGUAUGGGCGGUCGACAGCACGCCAUAUUAUAUCCGAUUAUACCCAGGAGCAAAUCGUGAAGGGAAUGCUCGCUUUACUUGCAGAUACUGGACGAGACCAAGCAAUCUGGAUCGGUCAUGACCAGGGGGCCAACACUCUCUGGACUCUUGCAAAUACACAACCACAAGUUGUCCGCGCUGCCGCGGGAAUUUCAGUCCCUUAUAAUUCACUCGAGCUCGGUCUUGAAGAGCUGUUGUCAUCAGUAAAUCGACAAAUUUAUCCCAUCGAUCGAUAUCCCUAUGGCCAAUGGAGCUAUAUGGUCUACGACGAUACGAACUACGACAAUGUCACAGCCUGGUUCGACUCGGAUAUCCUUGGCAUUAUGAAGCUGAUCCAUACCUUGGGCAGUCCAGACGAUGUUGGCAAGCCAGCCUUCACCUCCGAUGUUGUCAGGGAUGGAGGCUGGCUUGGGGGGGCGCCAGCUCCCCCAAAACCGGAAGACACCCCUGACUCAGCUGUCCAUUUGAUUCCUCCAGUAUUCAACGCAGUUGUGGCAGCAAUGGAGAACACGACCUUUGGACCUGGCAAUGCUUGGUUUCGUAACGAAGCAGCGAAUCGGGCUUUCAACUUGGCGAAUAAUAAGAACAACUUAACCUUGGAUAUUCCGGUGUUUUUCGUCAAUGCCUACUGGGAUGCGAUCUGCGAUACAGUUACAGGUAAUCUCGCAGAUAGAAUGAGGAGGACUUGCUCUGAUCUGACUGAAGUUGUUAUCAAUGCUGGCCACUGGGUGAACACUGACCAGCCUGAGAAGGUGAAUUCGGCAAUGGAGAGAUGGAUUUUCGAGAAGGUGACAGACUUUUGGCCUGGAAGAGCACUCCCUACCUUGUGA